AUGUUUCUCUAUGAAUCAUCUGAUAGUACUUCUGAAGACAGCUUCUCGAAUAUCAAAUUAUCACGAUUACUUGUCCAAUUCCAUCAUGGUCAUGUUUGCACUGGAUUACGAUGUAUAUGUAACAAAUUUAGUAAAAAAGUUGGUUUCAAGGAUGGUUAUCCCGUAUGCAUAUUUUGUGGCAUUAAUGCUACAGUAACUUCGGAUGGGAACGACUGCAUAUCAUGUAACACAACGUGUAGAUGCGCUCCUAAUGAAAUACAAGUAGAUAGACACUUAGAUGGAACGUUAUUGGAUACUAUACAUUGUGUUCCGUGUAUCAAUAAUACUUAUCCAUUUUUGGAUGUAUCUAAAUGCUUGCCCUGCAAAAAUUUUGAAUAUGAUUAUUAUCAGACUGAUAUGUAUUUAACAAAGUACCAUUAUACACAGGUACAGAAUUAUUGUUUACAUAAAAGUACUUCUAUUGACAAAGAGAAUCCAAAACCUGCAUUUCAAGUGAAAUUUAACAAUCAAAACACAAAUAAUUAUUUUAGAAAUGAACUUCAAACUGCUGUAUAUUUUUGUAAGAAAAGAGAUAAAUUAGCAUGUGAAUAUUUAUCAAACAUAUGUGUUUUAAGUCUUUAUGCUAAUGACAUUGCAUGCAAGUUCUUUAUGCAAAAACAAAGAUCACCUACAUGGUUAUUUUAUAAUAAAGAUGAAGCUACAACUGUAUUAAAUAGCAAACAAAUUACACAAAACUAUAGCUUGGUGAAAGGAGACAAGGAUAAUAUAUUAAAUUUUACAGUUAUAACAUUCUCUUUACAUGGCAAUUUCAAAUCAGUUGGUACACCUAAUAUCCCAUGCAAUUUGUUGGAACAUGUUAAAUUUGGUAUUAAUUUUGAAAAAAAAUGUAAAUUUACAAUUAAAAAUUUACUGCACUCAGAGAUAGAGUUUCUAUCUCCUUACUUAACAUUUAUAAGAGAUAACAAAAUUUUAAUGUAUGCAUUGCCUGUAUUUGUUAAAAACAUUAAUCAGAAUCAUAAUAAAUUAUCAGAUUGGCAGUUAGUUCGAAAAUUUUUCUUUGUUGAUAAUAUUAGUGGUUUUAAAACAUUACAUAAUCUCACAAGUAACAAUGGUGAUAAACUAUCUGUAUUACGUUAUAUGAAAUCUUUAAAUGUAAUAAUUAAUAUUCAAAGUACAAAGGAUAACAAUAAAAUAUUUCCUCCUUUAUUAAUUAUUGAAUAUGCUGAAUUAACGUAUGAACAGGUUGAUAAAAUUAUAGAAGUUACAUUAGAUUAUAAAAUAAAAUUUAAUCUAGAAGAUGACAAUAUUAAUUCACAUUUCAUGAUAAUUAUUGGGAUUUUGUCAGGAUUAAGUUUCAUUUUAUCUGGAAUAAAAACAUGGAAAUACAGUAAACAACAUCACACUUCUUCUAUUAAUGUAUUUGUACUUAUUUGGUUUUUUAUUUACACUAUGUCUGCUAUAGGAAGCAUAAUUAUUUUGUGUUUGGUUAUUUUAUGCCUAUAUCUAUUUAUGUUUUAUAAAGGAAAAACAAUACCAUAUAUCCUCUUCUCUGAAGUUGUCAAUGAAAAGAUGAUAAAAACAUUUAGUACAGUAGCAUUUUUUUCUAAACUUAUAGAAAUAUUUGGAUUUAUUUGUCAAUAUUGGAAUAUUGAUAUAUUCUUUAUUGAUUGGGAACAACCAAAAACAAUAUACAAUCAAUGUAAUGAUCUUCCAUAUGUGCCUAUAAAUGAAUUCCAUAAUGAUAAACUCUCAAGGAAUAAAUUAAAACAUUUGCAAAUGUCAUCAGAAACAAUAACAGCUAAACGCAAUAAAAUCUUAUAUAAGUUAAAUAAGCAUAAUAACUUCAAAAAUUUUAACAAAUCUUUUCCAGUUAACAAGCACAAAACUAAUAUUUCAAUUACAAACUCGAUAUCAAAAAGUUCUGAUCAGAUGAUAAAUAAAAGUAGCAAUUUUAAUAAUUCAUCUAUUAGUAUAUGGAGGACAUACUUUAUUGCAAGUCAGUGGUUAAAUCUUCAAACUGAAAGAAAGAUAAACAUAAAGAUACAAUUGCUUGUGGUUUUAUCUAUUUUUCAGGUCAUACGACUGUAUCCAUGGAUUCUCGGGAUACCAGAAUUAAUCCCAACAUUUUCUGAAGAUUGUAAUUUUAUUUUAUAUUUUACAAUAUGUGUCUUAAUAUAUAUAUUAACUUAUUCCAUCCAGUGGUUAGUGUUCAUUGUAUUCUAUGAACAAUGUAUUGCAAACAAAAUGCAAGAAUUUAUAAAUGUAUGUUCAAUUGCAAACAUUAGUGUAUUUAUUUUACCAUUUAAUUAUUAUGGUUUUUAUAUUCAUGGAAGAUCAGUGCAUGGAUUUGCAGACACAGACUUACGUACUUUAAUUAAUGAUUUACAAAUGGAAAAAAAUAAUUUAUGUGCACAUAGAGGUCUUGUACCAGGAACAACUCAACAAACAUUUAUAUUGUACUUAACAAAAAGUUUCAGAAUUACUUUUAACAAAAGUUUAGAGCUGAUGAAUAUCGAACCAAGUAAUUUUAUAAAGACUUAUUCAAAUUGGGAAUAUAUUUUCAAUAAUCAAUUAAAAGUGAAAGAACAUCUAUGUAAAUAUCUAGAUCACUGCAUAACAAAUGAAGACUAUGCCAUUAAAGAACAAAAUUUUUUUGAGAAGUUAUUUAGUAUAGUAUUUUCCUACAACGAAGAGAAAUCAAUUUUCUAUAUUGAUAAUAAUUAUUCUUUCAGUCAAGUAUUAUUAUAUGGAAAUGAGUGGUUAUUUGCAACAUUUGAAAUUUCAGUAUUUACUUUCAUUAUUGUGUUAUUUAACGAUUGUACAUUAGCUAUUAUAAUUACAGUAUUAGUGUCAAUGCUGUUAAUUGUGAUAGUAAAAGAAAAUGGCAAAAAAAAUUUAAAUAAUCAUACAUUAUUAGAUAAAUUGUUUUUUAUGUAAAUGAUUUGUAUUA